AUUUUAAUAAUAUUAAAUAUAUAAUAUAUAUAUAUAUAUAUUUUUGUUUAAUAGCAUCUGAUGAUAUUAUUCGUUCUCAUAAAUUAGGUUCUCUUUAUAUAAGUACACUUUAUGUUUGUAAAGAAACAUUAUGGAUUGGAACAAGUGCUGGUGUUAUUCUUAAUUUAACAAUACCACAAUUAAUUGAUUCAUUAUCAACAAAUACAAAUACAAAUAAUAAAUUAACAUCAAAUUCAAUUCAAUUAAAAGGUUUAUCAUAUGGUCAUGCUGGACCUGUUAGAUUUAUAAUUUCAAUAGAUAAAAAUAUUAUUUNUUGUUAUUACUAUUGGAGAUGGUUUUGA